GGCGACUAUAAAGCCUCACCGUGACCCACCUAAGCUCGCAUCUUUAACUGCAGUUAACACGAGAGUCUCGUACGUGGCUUUUCGGUAGAUCUGAGUGCACUCUUCGCACACGUAGUGUAACAUUCCCCUGGCACGCAAGCGUGCGCAAGUUGUUCACCGGUUGAUAACGAGUCGCCUGGUUUGGCUUUCGGCCGAAUAAAACUCAUCAUGAAGACCCUCAUAUUGUUACUCGGUUUGACGAUGAUGGCAAGCGCACAACUCAGUAGAUAUACGACUCCGUAUCCACAGCCGACGCAAUAUUAUAAUCCCAACUACUACGGUCGACCUUUCUACGCUAUACUGCGACAAACGCAAGACUCCGCACCGGACGGAUCAUACUCUUACAGCUACGACACGGAAAACGGUAUCUCCGUAGCGGAGACGGGGCAGCCGAAGAACAUCGGGCCUAACCAGAUCGAGGCGGUCAGAGGUCAAUACAGUUAUACGGCACCGGACGGCACGCCGAUCGUGGUACACUAUACGGCAGAUGAGAACGGUUUCGUGGCGAGCGGUGCCCACCUGCCGACACCGCCACCGAUACCGGUAGCGAUACAACGCGCCCUGGCGUACAACGCGGCCCAUCCCGAAGAAGAGGAACCCUACAGGAGAUACUAGAGCUCGCUAUGUCUAACUAUAAGACCGCCCAACGCGCUUCGAUAUAUCAAACACAUAGCAUUUUAGAGGUUGCUGCUUUGCGAUCUCCGCUUUUCAAUGACAUAUUUGAUCGUUAUACCAUGAUUUUUGAUCGUUUAUACGAGAGAUUCUUUCGAAGCGGGUGGUUUGCUGGCUAUUAAUGGAAAUAAACAUCACAGCAGAAAAGCGAUUAAAUUUUAUGUCUUCUCGUUGCGCCGCCGAAAACAUUUCCGAAGAUCGAGGAUCGCGUUCGUUGAUCAUGCAUGAUUGUUUUUCGCGAUUGUUAUAUGGAUCAGCUUUAUCAAAAAAUAUUCGUGUCAGCAUUACGUGUGCAACACAAAGCACAAUUGAAUGAGAUAAUGUAAGAUCGAUGAGUACAAGUGACAAGAGUACAAAUUCUUUGACAAGGGUACAAAAUUUUUUAAUUAAUAUUAAUGUAAGACAAAAAUAUUACAUAAUUCUAGAAUAUUUUAUUCUAUUAAAAGUUUUUAAUCUUUGUUUAAAAUAUGUACAUGUAAUCGAGAUGCGCCUAAUUAAAAUGCAAUUAGCUUCGCGAAAAUAAUAUUAAUAUAAUAUUUUUAAUAUUUUAAAUAAUCGAAUAUAAUCAAUAAGAUAUAGCUGUUGCUAUUAAAGUUUAAAUUAAAAUAAAAUGUACUUUGGACAAAAUUAUCGUACAUUACAAUGUUGUAUGCAAAGCACCUUAUGUUCAGUAAAGUUCAGAAUUAUUACAUAAUUUGAGAUAUGAUAAUUUCUCAAAUAAGAAUUACAAAAUUGCUUUAUCUUUAAUUGAUCUCGAGAGAGAUUAAUAAAUUAGAGAGUUAUGUCGAGUCGUGCAAUAUUUACAGAUUGAAUAAUUUCUUGAUUUGUUAAACGAUUAUACUUCAUCUGAGAAACCAUAUUUAUAUGUAUAAUAGACACAAGGAUAGUUUUUAUCACCAUGUUCAAAUUGAAUUAUGCAUAAUUAAAUUAAAUGAAAGCAAUGUUACUCGUACUCAUUGAUGACCGCGCUUGCGUUAAAACGUACCUUAUAUAACUCUAAAUAUAAACUAUUCAGCUCACAUGAAAAUAUUGAAUUGAUAGAACUUGUGUUAGAAUAAUAAAUUUCACAUGCAUGUUUUUAAAGAUAAAAAAUCUUUUUAUCAAAAAAACUUGUGCAAAAUUUUUAAAGCAAGAGAUAAGCUCAAAGAUAAUUCUUUAUGUAUAACAAACCAAGAAAAAAUGGUAUUAUGAUUAGAUGUAAAUAUACAUAAUUAGUUGUGGAAAGAUCUGAUAAUAUAUGUAAUUUUAUAUGAUGAUUACAUAUGUUAUCAAAUCUUUCCAUAAUUAAUUAUGUAUGUUUUCAUCUGAUUAUAUUAUACCAUUUUCUCAGAAAAUUUAAAAAAAGAAAAUGUGAUCUGUCAAAAUUUUAUAUUAUUACUGUUUAAAGUCAGCUGAUAAAUUAAGAAUUAUUAAUGAUAUGAUUUCGGGCCUAUUUUUUAAAGAUCUGCCGAAUAUCAAAUGUAGCGCUUUGAUCAUUGAUUUCAAAACAAAAAUAUAAUAUCUAUAUACUGAUCGAGGUCUUGCGAUCAUCCUCGAACAUUUCAUUCUUUCCGAAAAGUUAUAAAGACAGGAGAAGGAAUAGAAGUUUCGCGGUGCAGAUGCCUAAACGACAAUAUGUCGUAUCACAAAUGUGCUGUAUUGUAUCAUAUAUGCUAUCUUAUUAAAUCGUUUAAUAACUCAUGCGUAUUUUGAGUAUCGUAAUCACGUGCUUAUUAUUAUAACGUGUCAUCAAAAUAUAUAUUAAGGAUCCAUUCUCGUUCUGUGCCUUAACCAAGAUUUUUAACAAACCGGAUAUGGUAAUAAAUUAUUUUAAUACGCAAAA